UGUCCCGCGCGGCACCGCUCCGACCGGCCCGGGAGCCGCCGCCGCCGCCGUCCACUCUAGUAUCCUUGCCUCGUCUCUGACCGCCGCCCAUUUCGCGAAGCAGCCGUCGGUCCUUCCGCUUUCCCUCGGGGGGCCGUCGGCGUCCGUCCGAACGCGCGCUCCACCGGGGCGUCCCGGGGCUGCAGGGCGCCCUUUCGGCGCGGCGCGCAAACUUCCCGAGUCGGCGCGCGCGGGCGGUGGCAGCGGGGCCCGGAUGGGCGCCCGGGUCGGAAGCGGCGGCGCCCAUGGACGCUAACCGCCCGGGCGCGUUCGUGCUGAGCAGCGCGCCCCUCGCCGCGCUGCACAACAUGGCCGAGAUGAAGACGUCGCUGUUCCCCUACGCGCUGCAGGGUCCGGCCGGCUUCAAGGCGCCCGCCCUGGGCAACCUUGGCGCGCAGUUGCCUCUCGGCACUCCGCACGGCAUCAGCGACAUCCUGGGACGGCCGGUGGGCGCAGCGGGCGGCGGCCUCCUGGGAGGCCUGCCCCGCCUCAACGGGCUCGCCUCCUCCGCGGGUGUCUACUUCGGGCCCGCGGCCGCCGUGGCACGGGGCUACCCCAAGCCGCUGGCGGAACUGCCUGGGCGCCCGCCCAUCUUCUGGCCCGGGGUGGUGCAGGGCUCUCCCUGGAGGGACCCGCGCCUGGCAGGCUCCGCCCAAGCCGGCGGGGUCCUGGACAAGGAUGGCAAGAAGAAACACUCGCGGCCCACUUUCUCUGGCCAGCAGAUCUUCGCGCUGGAGAAGACUUUCGAGCAGACCAAGUACCUGGCAGGCCCAGAGCGAGCGCGGCUUGCGUAUUCCCUGGGCAUGACCGAGAGCCAGGUGAAGGUAUGGUUCCAGAAUCGGCGAACCAAGUGGCGCAAGCGGCACGCGGCGGAGAUGGCGUCGGCUAAAAAGAAGCAGGACUCGGAUGCCGAGAAGCUGAAGGUGGGUGGCUCGGACGCGGAGGACGAUGACGAGUACAACCGGCCCCUGGACCCCAACUCCGACGACGAGAAGAUCACACGGCUUCUCAAAAAGCACAAACCCUCGAACUUGGCGCUGGUUAGCCCGUGCGGCGGCGGCGCGGGGGACGCCUUGUGAGGACGCGGCCAGGCCAGAGAACCCGGGAACCGGGGCGCGCGGCCUGCCCCGACGCCAGCCGCCCAGCUGCAGUGUGUAUAUAUAUAUUUUUUACAGAAUAAGUUAUAAAGCGGACGUUGGCGCGGCCCCGGCGUGAGGUGCGGAGUGCGGGGUUUGGGCCGGUCACUUUGUAUAAUCAAUAAAUUAUUUAACAAGUCCCCGUCGGAGCCAUGGCUCCCAAGGCUGCACAUCGUGUUUCUUCCCGUACGGAGCUGGCGCCAGCGAGCGGGCUGGCGGCAGGACCCUCCGGACCCCACCUUGCCUGUUCUCCCCGCGGGCGCCAGAGCCUGGCGCAGGGGGGCGCGACAGUGCUUCAUGACGACCCGGGGCCCGUGUGCGCGUUCGGUUCAGAGGCUGAGCGCGUGGUCCCAGAGCGCACGGUGAUGGCAGCCUGCAGGAGCGCAGCGGCGAUGAGGCUGAGCAUCCGGAGCCCAGGCCGAGGGAAGGCAGCUUCCGCCGCCCCGGGAAGGGAACGGCAGCGCAGCACAGUGCUUGAAGGAGCCGGAACCAGCAGUGAACUCGGAAGAGACCCCAAAGCAGGAACCGAGCAGUCACUUCCAGAGGCCCUCGGAGGAAGGACCCACAGCUGGAACCCACAGACAACCGCUGCGGACAUGGCGCAUUGGCAAGCAGCGACCAUGGCAGUCACAGACCCGACCCUGGCAUCAAAGACACGGGCCGGCCUUCAGGGCUUUCUAGGGAAACCGACAUUAACUGGCGCCUCCGCCCCAUCCAGGAACUGUAGUGUUCAGAAGUAAAUCAAUAAAAGCACGCUGUGUUUCCUCA